CUGGGCCGCGUCCUCGCGCCCCUCCCCUCAGCCCGUAGCCGCCAUCGCGCCGUCACGUGGGCCGCGCCGCGUCACUUCCGCCGGGGCCUCCCAGCUGGACGCGGCGGCGGCGGCGGCGGCCGACCGGGCGAGAGGCCGAGGGGACCUGGCAGCAGGACACUGGGCCCGGACACCCCAGCAAUGACCAGCUCCCCUGUGCCCAGAGUCCUGUACAACGCCAGGAGAAACAGCAGCCCCCGCUCCCCCCCGAUGAGCAGCGAGAUCUUCACCCCUGCCCACGAAGAGAAUGUUCGCUUCAUCUACGAGGCCUGGCAGGGUGUGGAAAGAGACCUUCGGAGCCAGCUGUCGGGCAGCGAGCGGGGCCUGGUGGAGGAGUACGUGGAGAAGGUCCCCAACCCCAGCCUCAAGAGCUUCAAGCCCGUCGACCUGAGCGACUUGAGGCGCCGCAGCCCGCAGGACACCAAGAAGUCCUAGAGGGCGGGCUGUGCCUGAUGGAGCCCCGCCUGCCAUGGGAGGCUGACUCCCGAGGCCCGUCACCCCAGCUACUGCCCCCACAUGCCCCUGCUUCCCCCACCCAGGUGCCACUUGGCUCUGCCUGCCCCAGCCCCAGGCCUCAGCUCUCUAACCUG